AAGUGAUUAUAAAGCCGUAGAAAGUUCAUCAUUACAAGCAGAAAAUAAGAUGAGAUUAUCAAGAAGUCAAUCAAAUUGGUCGGAUGAACCUAGUAAUUCGUGCAGUAUACCAAGACAAAGUGGAAAUUGCCAAGCGGUGGAAGCUGUAUCCACACAUACCAGAACGCGGACAAACGCUUUGAGUAAUGAAUGCCACACACCUUCGUACAAUAAGGGUCUAAGAAUCGGUGUUUAUGGUUGGAGACAACGGUGCCUGUACUUUUUGGUUCUCGGACUUACCAUUAUUGUCAUACUUAAUCUCGCGCUCACCCUGUGGCUGCUCAAAGUCAUGGAAUUCAGUUUUGAGGGCAUUGGCUCGUUAAAAGUAAUUCCCGGUGGUGUCGAGUUGAAAGGUCAAGCAACCAUUUUGGAUGCCCUGAUAGCCUCAAGUGUCAAGUCGAGAAGAGGAAGCAACUUAAUGCUAGAAUCCUGGACCAACUUCACUGCAUCUGCGAGAGGAAACAAUGGGCAAGUUCUUGCAAGAUUUACUCUGAGUGAAGAUAAGUUGGAAUGCGUGUCGAAAUCAUUCCGAAUUACUGAUCCCAAUGGUGAGCUUCUAUUCUCCGCGAACAACGAACAUGUUGUCGUUGGAGCGAAGACUCUUAAGGUUACAGGCGUUGGAGGUGCAGUCUUUGAAGGUAGCAUCCAAACCCCCCUUGUCAGCUCGGAAGCAGCGCGUGAUUUAAGAUUAGAGUCAGCAACGCGUUCGCUAGAAGUGAGAGCGCCACACGGAAUAAACGUCGAGUCGUCAGCCGGCGAAAUCAGCGCCACCUGCCUAUCACAUAUGAAACUCACAAGCCGUGAUGGAGCAGUGACAAUUGAAUCGCGUAGAGUCUUUCUUAAAGGUCUCAGGACGGCUCUUCUCCCAGAACACGGCAGCUCGACCAAAUCAUCGGGAAAGCGCCAGGGUAAUACCAACAAGUCGGAAGGCAUUGCCGUUUAUCAGCUUUGUGCUUGUGCUAAUGGGCGACUUUUCCUUGCCCCUGCCGAGGGCAUCUGCCAGGCCGACAAAAGUCUUUGUUAAUGAACAGACUUCAUAACUCAAUGUUAAAGAGAGAGAAAAUGGACCAGAAAGUAUGUCGCAUUGGUUUAGUUGUCAAAUGAUAUGC